AUGACAGUUGUUACCUUGGAAAGCGCUUCUUACAUUAAUAUGAUUAUUGAUAAAAAAGAAUGGCGGUUACCUAAGCCCAUCAGUAACCGUCCUGGAUAUGAUAUGGAAUAUUAUAGAACAUAUCUCGCAAAUUACUAUGUUAAUGAAAUAAAGCCAACCAAAUCAUACCACCAUGGAUGGCAUAGAUUCAUUGAAUUGAUUGAAAUUAAGGAUAUGAUGCAAGAACAUUGGGACCAAGAAUGUUCCGAUCCUUUAAGUGAUCUUAGGCGUGCAAGGGUCAAGCAACAAGCUUUUAAUAAAUUUAAGGAGAAUGAUCUGAUAGGUAUUUACUGUAAUAAAUUACAACCCCCUCUUAAGUACUGGGAUUCUAUAAGGAAUGAGACACACUCGUUGACUCCUCCAAACAAACUAUUUAUCUCAUUUCAGUAUGCAAAACAAAAUAAUUUACUACCACCUAUAAACCAUCUUAAUCAGCCAAAAGAUAUACUUAGAAAAGGACAAAUGGUAAUAAAUCCUGAAACGCAAGAAGAAUAUGUUAUAACUUGCAAAGAGUUUUAUGCUUAUUUUAAAAAACAUUACUCAAAAUAUAUUGGAAUAAUUAAUCCAGUCAAAUUAACCUCACCAUAUGAAGAGUAUGUUUAUUGUUCUUCUAGUAAAUGGAUAGAAGUUAAGAAAUAUCAGUUAGAAUAA